UGCGCCUGACGUGACGAGUUUUGACAGUCCGCGUGAUGCAAUUGUUGAGAUAAUUCCGGGAGCACCGAUACCGUUGUUUACGCUGCAGGUCAUUCGUACGGGAGUAGAUGGCGCAUGCAGGUGACACAGCAGCAGGUGCGAUAAUUACGCGGGAUUCGUUUUGAGGUAACCACGUCGGAACAUGCUAGAUCAGAACACGGACGAGGCGGCCGCGAAUUCCACAGCCGCGGAGCGAGGUUGCGCGCGACAAAAAUCACGGCGUGCAAUAAGCGACAGGUUAGCGACCUUUGUCUGGCGACGUGAGUCACCACGGGGGACCCACCCUCGGCAAGAGUGCAAGAAGGAGGACGACGUCGACGUGACGAACGAUAUCUCCCAGGUGGAGCAUAAGUUUAAGACCAACGGCAGGGUAUCCUUCUUCAGGAAUAUCAAGAACUACUUGCAGACUAAGAAUCUGUGCAGGUUCAAGCAAAAGGACAAAGACGCGGAGACAUCCAGCUUUUUUUACGUUACAAAUCAGGAUGUCGUUGCAUCCAUAGUUGAUCCUAUUGUAGAACUGAAUAAUUCUUGUCAGGAACAAGAACGCUCAAGCAGCCAACAGGGGGAGGUCUUAUUAAACGGACGAUCGUGCGAGACGGAUUUUCCUGCGGAACAGCAAGACGUAGCAACUUGUGAGAUCAGUGAUGCAAUAAUAGCGCAACCUAGCCGUUCCGAUGCAGCAGCUGAAGUUCCUAGUGCAAUAUCGACGGAUGUUCCUUGCGUCGAAACAUUAAGCGACGAGAGUAAGGCUAAAGCGAGUCUCGCAGAGGAGCUGCUCAAUUUGAGCAAGUACGGUUGGUAUUGGGGUCCCAUAUCGGCGGAUCAAGCCGAUACCAAGCUCCUGUCCGAGCCCGACGGUGCGUUCUUGGUUCGUGACUCAUCCGACGACAGGUACGUCCUGACGCUCAGCUUCAAGUCGUCCGGAAAGAUGUUGCACACGCGUAUGGAACACAGCGGCGGUCUGUUCUCACUGUGCAACCAACGCGAGAACGAGGGCUUCACUUCGGUGGCCGCUUUGAUUAAUCACUCGAUGAACUUCAGUCAGUCGGCUGUGUUUUGUUAUUCGAGGCCACGGUAUCCCGGAUAUCCGUCGUUCCCGGUUAGAUUGACGAAACCCGUGAGCAGGUUCACGCAAGUAAAGAGUCUGCAGUACCUAUGCCGCUUCAUCAUUCGUCAGAACACUAGUCUGGAUAACAUACACAAGUUGCUCCUGCCGGAAACUGUAAAGUCGUAUCUUUUAGAGCCGCAUUAUUGGACUUAAUGGAUAAGAUGGACGGAAAGGACGAAUUUAUUUUUAUCAAGUGCCGUUCUAAUGAGUAUCGGAAACUGACUGCUUGGUGGCAGCUACCAACGCGACAUUGUACUGGCCUACAGAUAUUUUUAUCCGACUUAUAUUCGCGACAUAUCGUCGUUGAAGUCGUCGUGAGACACGAAUAUCGCGUUUGUCUAUUUUCCCAGCGAAUUGUUAUACACACGUGUCAUUUUUAUCGAAUCAAAAAGAGAUAUAUUUAGCGUAAGUUAGAGGUAAUCCCGUGCUAAAUCACGAUGAGUUAUCAUGCGCGGACCUCCCGCCUGUGAGUUUUUUACACGACGAACAUUGUGACAAUAUUGCAGGGUAAGCAGAAAUUUCUUAGUCGACUGUUGAACGUUAUUAGCUGCGCUAUCGACGAUUUAUAUAUUUUACAUGAGGAUGUAUAGUUUAGAUUCGUCGGAACCUAUUCUACUGUACAGGUUUUUGUUAA